GUUGUCGGGCCUACAUGUCUAGCAACAAACAUCCAAUGAGCACAUGUAAUUCCUUAGGCUAAUGCGGAUAAUUCCCUGGCCAUAUUGCGCAGUGGCACAGCUAUCCGUGGAUUUGGGUGAUGCGUUUGACUCAUUACACGUGCACAGCGAAGCAGACAUUGGCAGUUUCUACAAUACUUUUUGACGGCGCGUCUUGUUUUUCCGCACGUGUGUUGAGAAAGACAUGGUCCCGCAAUCGGGUAAAGCUGUGUGAUUUGUCAAACAAAUGGGAAAUCACGAGGUUUGUCGGACAUUUCCAAAUAUAUUUAUUACCGCGAUGAGAGUGGUCACACAUGAACUUCAGACCCAUACUUCUGAGAUGACUGGGAGUUUGUAGUGGAACAGUCUUAUUGAAAAGUCUACCAAUAACACAAGGGAGGGAAGCCUGACAUUAUCAUUUCAAAAUGGAUUCGUUUCAAAAUCCGUACGGGUCCACGCUCAACCGCAGCCAAUCUCUGAUGAGUGGCCUGGAGAAGACCCCUCCCACGUUGAACAAACCCACCCACUCUCGGAGCAGUAGCACCGCCUCCUCCCGUCACUCUCGGGUGAGUACGAACAUUAAAGACUGGGAGGUGAUGGAUGACCUUCAGGUGGAAAUGAUGUCUGGUGACAACUCCCAGGACCUGACCAUCCCAGGCAUCUGUGAAGGAUACCUCCUCAAGAGGAGAAAAUGGCCCCUGAAAGGCUGGCACAAGAGGUACUUUGUGUUGGAAACGGGGAUCUUACGCUAUUCCAAAACCCAACAAGAUAUCACAAGGGGAAAGCUUCAUGGUUCAUUAGAUGUCGGCCUUGCAGUCAUGUCUAUCAACAAGAAAUCCAAUCGUAUCGAUUUGGAUGCAGGAGAUGUUCUAUAUCAUAUGAAGGCCAAUAGUCAUGACUUGUUCUACAUCUGGGUGGCCAAGCUGAGUGCCCAUCGCAUGUUCAAGAAGAAUGAGGCUGCUCAAGUGCACAAUGGCUUUUUCCAGGCCUUGUCCCAGUGCACCAGUGUGCCUGGACUAGCACAGAGGAACGGCAUGCAGGACGUGUCUUCCUACCAACACUACCAUAGCACUACAGACUCUUACGUGGGUGAGAUAGCUGCACCAACACCGUCCGAGUUUCCCUCUGUCAACCCGGGGGUGAAUGGGAAGGUGUCAGCCUGGUUACAACAGACUCAUGACCCAGACAGCUGUGCUCAAGAGCUGAACCGUUGUCAGUUGGAACUGUCUGAGCUGAACCGACUGGUCCGGAGGCUGCAGUUGCUGGAGGGGGGCCAGCAGGCCUUCACCGACGGCGAGCUGCAGCGCAUCAUCAGCAUGCAGAAUCUCUCUCUUGAGAAACCCAAGAAGUCCAGGUCUUGCAAGAUAUGGGGUCACUCGCGCACAAUGUCAAGGGUAGAGGCCCUUGGAAUGGUAAGACAGCUGUCCUCUAGUCACCUGAACAGCUCGUCCCAACUGGGUGCGUCUGUCCCCUCCCUUCAAGACUAUGUCCCCGCCGUCCCAGACUAUGUCUACUCCCAGCUGUCCCCUCCCACCAACACCUCCCCAGAAGGCAGGAAGAUCCAGCAGGACAUCUGUAGCGUGUCCCAAAGAGUACACGCGUCCCUCAAGUCUGUGCAUGAUGCCUUGGCCCAGGAGCGUCAGAGACUGCAGGAUACCUACCACCAAUCAACCACACUGGCUGAGACUGUAUCUGGGAACGAGUCCCGUCACACGCCAUCGGUGACAGACUCUGCAGCUGAGUAUUUUGAUGCGAGUGACGAUGUCCUGAAUGGGAGCUUCUCUGAGUCCGAGUCUGGUCUGAGUGAAGGGACAACCAGCAACUCUGAACCUGAGGAAGGACAUGCUUCAGCCACUCGUGAAUACCGUGCCAGCAUCUCUAAGACUCCCAACUGUGUUGUGCCCAAAAAUACGGGCCGCCGUACCACCCUGGCCGCCCACUGCCCGGACAACGCCCAGGUGGGCCUGAUGCAGAUCCUCUAUAACAACAUAGGCAAGGACCUGUCCCGUGUCUCCAUGCCUGCUGCUCUCAACGAGCCCAUCAAUCUGAUGCAAAGACUGUGUGAGGAGCUUGAGUACUCUGAGCUGCUGGACACUGCCAACAACACACAAGACCCCUACCAGAGGAUGGUCUACGUAGGUGCCUUUGCCAUCUCUGGCUAUGCUACAGCUCACUACCGCAACCGCUACAAGCCCUUCAACCCACUCCUGGGGGAGACCUAUGAAUGUCUGAGAGAAGACAAGGGCUUCCGCUACAUCAGUGAGCAGGUCUGCCACCACCCCCCCAUCUCUGCGUGUCACGCAGACUCAGAUAACUUCUCCUUCUGGCAGGACCAGCGGUGGAAGAAUAAGUUCUGGGGGAAGUCACUGGAGAUCAUGCCAACAGGGAUGGUGAAUGUCACUCUCCCAAGGUUUGGGGACCACUAUGAGUGGAACAAAGUGGUGACCUGCAUCCAUAAUGUCCUGAGCCAGCAGCGCUACCUGGAGCACUAUGGGGAGGUCAUCAUCCGUAACCUCAACGGCAACGCGUGCACCUGUAAGAUCACCUUCGUUAAGUCCCGCUAUUGGGGGUCGGACACCAACAAGAAUGAAGUGCAGGGCACCGUGGUCGACCAGACUGGGAGUGUUAUCCACCGGUUUGGGGGGCUGUGGCAUGAGGGCAUCUUCUGUGACACCUUGCCCACUCCACAGUGUAUCUGGAAGCCAAAUUCCCAGCCCAAGGACUACUACCUGUACUAUGGCUUCUCAAGCUUCACACUAGAGCUGAACGAGCUCACCCCAGGCCUGAAGCCUCUUCUGCCCCCCACAGACUCACGCCUUCGUCCUGACCAGAGGAUGCUGGAGGAUGGGAGGGUGGAUGACUGUGACAAGUUUAAAGAAGAAGUGGAAGACAUGCAGAGGGAGCGGAGGAAACAACUGGCUAAGAAAGGACAGGAGCACACGCCACGCUUCUUUAAGAAAGCCAUGGAUUCCUCUGGGAGGGAUGUGUGGCUGACCAAUGGAACCUAUUGGAAAGUCCGAGAGAACCCGGGCUUUGCUAACACACACAACCUAGAACUAUGGUGAAUGAAACAGACAGACUGGGGCCAUUUGGUGGAGUUGGUGAAGGCAUCGAUGAACCGUCCUGAGGCCCCACCUUCCAUCAUUGCCAUCUGAUUUGCACUCCCUCCCUGGCUGCUUCAUGGGAAACCUCUGGGGAAAGUCUGGAAACGACUUGGAUCCACUGAAACAUCAAGUUGAAAAUAGUUCCCAGAAUGUGUAGCGUCACCUGGAAAGGAUAAAUAGACAUUUCUCUCAUACUCGCAUUUAGUCCAUUGCAAUGUAUUUAUGGUCAUUCCCCAUUUGUGUACAUUUAUGUUAUCCUUUCAAGAUGUAUUUGCUGUCUAGAGGGCUGGAAGUGUGAGGUUAAUUUGCUCAGGUCAAGACAUUUACUGUGACUAAUCUUCAGAUAUUGUAAAGGUAGAAAAAUGUGUAUUUAAUACUCCCGGAGCUGUCUCCCAACUCAAUCUUUUUGCGUCAUCACUCAAUUUUCACACGUCUCUCUAAGUCAUCUAUGCAUGAUUUGUGAAUCCUAAAUUAGGAUUAAGCCCAUUUUAUGAAUUAUUGUUGAAUCAUAUUUAUUUCAGUGGCAUUGGUGUGUUCAAACAUUCCUUUCUCCUACCUGAGUGUUUUAGUAAGUCAAACAAUUUGACAUGGGAAUGUAGCCUAUACCAGUCUGUCAUUUAGGGUGCACAUAAAUUACUUUUUAUAAUGUAAGUGUUGUAUUUUUGAUUAGAUUUUUAGUGAACAAUAAUAAUGCUGUUACUUGUGAUUUAACAUAUUGCUCUUGAAAGGGGUUACCAAGGCAACUGGUUGCAUAAUGAGUCUGUGUUAAUAAAGUAUAUUUUAUGGUUGAGUAUAAUUACAUUAUAAUCAAGCUAGACUUAAUAUCAACAUGUCUAAUAUACAGUACAAUGGGUAUGUGGGUAUUAUUCUGUUUAUAAUCUUGAGGUUGUCUUUUUUUAUUUUAUUUUUUACAUUGGUUUGAGAUUCAAUUUAAACAGUUGUGAUUAUGAAAUGUUAAUUCAUGAAUAAAACACAGUAAAAGACUAUUAAAGCCACCUUUUAAUAAAUUAAACAUUUUUUUGUCCUUCAAUGUUUUCUGCUAAUCGAGUCUUUAUUACACUAGAAUAAAGCGAAGACAAUAUUUAAAAAUCUUAAUUUAUUACAAUAUUUUGCAUUUCUCUACUGCAUUCCUGGAUCAUCAGAAUCUAUUCAUCCUUUACAGCCUCCUCGGACCUAUUGAGUUAAUUACUGAUUUAUACACCUUUACGAUAAUUUAAGGACCGGCCAUUUCACAGACUGAAGGCAAGGUGCCCUACCCCGGAGACAAACAGUCCACAUUAAACACAAAUUAACAUGUUUCACUAUCCAACUGUUGGAUGGAGAAUUUGACCUUUCAAGUCUACCCCAUCCUAAUCCUCUUUGAGCUUUUUAAGUCGAGAAGGGAUGACAUUUCCCAUUCACAACAUAAUUCUAAUAAAAGGAUGGCAAUGAAUCAUGGGUUAUGGAUCGUUUCUAGAAGAUUUCUAUUGGCAGGAGUUUGUUUUGUUUAUUGUAAGGAGAUGUACACCAGGAGGCGGUCCUGAGGAGUCUACACCACAUACAGACAGAAUGAUCUAUAUCUCUCAACUCACUAGCAGUCAUGUUAAUGCAGGUCACAGUGCCAGACAGCGUCACAUACAAAAUCAUGUAGCACAAGAUACAGAGUAAAACAUUUCUGCACAUUUUCCAAACAUUUGAUCAAAUCAAUAUUUUUCAUUUGCUCUUGCAAUACUGAACACUUUAUAAAUAAAACGUUAAUUCACAUCUCAUUUUAAUUGCACUUAAAUAACGAUGAAUUUUCCACCUCUUAACAAACAACUAUCUGUAAUUAUGAAGUCCCCUUUUCUCAUUCAUUUAAACUGCUUAAGGGUAAAAAUAAACUUUUUAGGAAGAGACUCAUGUUAGCAAUAUAUUUCUAUAGUGUCCAGCAUAAGAUCAACUCUACAUAAGAAAACAUCUAUAGCUAGACUUUUUAAAUUCCAGUUGAUUCCCUUUCCCCUUUUUGUAGUACAUGAAGUCAGUCCAAUGACCUUUACUGUGCUGUGGCAUUAUUGCAUUAUGAUGGUGUCACAGCAAAGUCACAUUAUACUAAGCUCUGUUUAGGGAAGGUGUCUUUCUGUUUGCGAACAUAUUUCAUUUACAAGAGUUCUGCAAUACCACAGAUCUGAUUUUCUUCUCCAUCCUAUUGCUCCAGUUUUAUGUCAGAGAAUCACUGAUUUCUUCCGCCUUCCAAUAGGAAAACCAGCUUCUCUGUUUGUUUGUAGAAAGGCAGUUUAGCCUGACACAAAAUGGCAGAAUUUCCCUUUGAAAGUUGGCAUCUGUACAAUUCAUGAAUUAAUCAUAUAAAAACACUUUGAGGUAAACAAAAUGAACAUCCAGUAUAUGUAAGUAGGAUAAAAAAUGUUGUUUUUAAAAAUAUCUUACAUGAAGUAUAUUCAAUCAUAGCCAGUAGGGCUGACUGUAGACACACAGACCCAUUGUCUUUUUUUAAACUCAAAAGUGGAAUUGUUUUGGUCACCUUCCAGUGUGAGUGAGUGACUGUGUUUGUGAGUCAUGUUUUCAUGGCUGGCCUGUCACUUAAUAAGUGACAGGCCAUGUGUCUUCUGACUGUACUGUGUACGAUAUACCGUAAUCAUAAGUGCAAUAAAUAAUGAAGCCUUGCCUUGAUUAUAUUCCUGUCCUUUCUUAUGGCCUCGCAAUUGGAGCACACACUCCCAGCAAUAUGUGGUUUUAGACCACCAGUAUCCCAGUGUCCUCUGAGUGAGAGGCUGCCUGUCACCCCCAGAGUCACCCCCAGAGACUUCCUCUAUGUAAAAACCAUAUACCCUGCUGGUAAUGAUUUAUGUUGUGUGUUGUCUGACUGGCUCACGUUUUAAUUCAUCGCCUUUGUAGUUGCCUCAGAUUGUCUGUGAGAUAUGCUGAUUUCCAUUGUGUUGUGAGUCUUUGGAUUGGCUGCUAAGGCUGUGUUGUUCUAAAUGACAGACCUGAUGUAGGCGACAGUAGGUCACAGGAAGACUGGCCCAUCAGCCUUGAUGCUAAUUAGCCUUGACCCUUCUGGUCAUGUGCUCGCUAAGCUCCCCUCACCUCUAACACCUGACACUGGCCUCUGCACGCUCGCCAUCAGCCUGCAGUUCUUCUCUGCUGUCACAAGGGGGAGUUCCAAACUCCUCAGACAGAGGAUGAGACAGAAAUGAUUCCGUUUUGUUAUUAGCAUACAACCAGUCGUGUCUGCGUCUCAGUACAUUGGGUCAUGUGACCGCGAGCAUAUACUAAAAGUGGAGCUGGAGAAUAGUGUGUGUGUGUGUGUGUGUGAGAGAGAGCGUGUGUCUGUGUGUGAAAGAGAGUGUGUGAGCGUGAUGGGGGAAGACUGGACAGUCCCUGCAGGGGUCUGUCAGCAGGUGUG